AUGUCUCUGAACCUCUUUUCCUCGCCAGCAUUGCUGCGCAAUGCCGCCACCACAGCCACUGUCGGUUUGUCGCUCUGUCGCUGGAGCUCGACCGCUGCCAUGAGCGCCUUCACUUCGCAGCGCGGCACAAGCUCACAGACCUCCCAAGUGGUCCAACGUCGCCGGUUACCCAGUCGCCUGAAGUUCCUUGAGGACCAGAAGGCGCAAGGCGAGAGCCGAGCCCUGGAGAGAUAUCAAACUCGUGAUUUCAAAGCCGGAGAUGUCUACGCCCCUCACGACCUUAGCCCGGCCGAGAUGAAGAAAUGGGGAAAGCGCCAGAGCCCUCCCACGGAUGCUUUUGAUGCAUUGAACCUGAACCCAAUGGAUAUGUACAAGAACUUCGCCGUCAUGUCCGAAUACAUGACCAGCAUGGGCCGUAUUAGACACAGAUCCGAAACCGGACUGCGACCUGUCAACCAGCGCAAGAUUGCUAAGGCGCUUCGCAGAGCCAUUGGCAUGGGUCUUAUGCCUAGUGUCCACCGUCACCCCGAGAUUAUCGCAUCCGAGAUGCGGGCACGCAUGGAGGGCCCCGGUGAGUCCAUUUGGGCUGCUAGCCCCUCCACCACCCGAGGCCAGCCCACUCAGCUUUCUUCCGAUGCCAAAGGCGAGCGAUUGGCUUAUGCAUCCAACAAAUCCAUCUUCCUGCGUUCAAUCGACGACCCCGGAGUUGCUAGACAGUACACCGAACACAAGGCGCAGACAACGGUUGCACGCUUCUCUCCCUCCGGUUUCUAUGUUGCAAGUGGUGAUGCUACUGGAAUUGUGAGAGUUUGGGACUGCGUUGGUGAGGGAAUUACCAAGGGAGAAUACAGCAUUGUUAAUGGUCGCAUCAACGACUUGGCCUGGGACGGUGACUCCCAGCGCAUUAUUGCCGUCGGCGAUGGCAAGCAACGCUACGGACACUGCAUUACUUGGGACAGUGGAAACACUGUUGGCGAGAUUCACGGCCAUACAAAACAGCUCAAUGCUGUAUCGAUUAGGCAGCAGCGUCCUCUGCGUGCCGCCACUGCUGGUGAUGACAUGAAGACAGUCUUCUAUCAUGGAGCGCCGUUCAAAUUCAACAACGGAAUUGCAGACAAGCAUUCAAACUACAUUUACGGACUUGGUUUCAGCCCGGAUGGUUCGAAUCUUGUCAGUGUUGGCGCAGACCGCAAGAUCUGGCUCUAUGACGGCAAGACAGGCGAGACCAAGGGUCAGAUCGGUGAAGGCGAGCACAAGGGCAGCAUCUUUGGCGUAUCUUGGGCGAAAGACUCGCGGAAGUUUGUGACUGCAAGCGCAGACCGGACCGUAAAGAUUUGGGAUGUGGAAGCUGGCAAAGCUACGCAGACUUGGACUUUGGGAGAGGAGGGUGCCAUGGCUGUUCGUGACCACCAAGUUGGUGUGGUCUGGCCCCCAGGUAGAAGCGAUAACCUUCUUAUCAGUUUGUCUCUUAGCGGAGAUUUGAACUACCUGGUUGAGGGUACUCCCGCACCCCGCCAAGUUGUCUCGGGCCAUCAGAAGAGCAUUACUUCCUUGAACCAGACUACCUUGGAGAACAAAGAAACCCUGUGGACAGGCAGCUUCGAUGGCAGAGUCUGUACCUGGGAUGUGGUCACGGGUAAGGCUGAAGAGAUUGAAGGAGAUGCUCACCCCGGUUACGUUGCCGGGCUUGCAACAACGUCAGAGGGAAGUGGUAGAAUUUACAGUGUCGGCUGGGACGACACUCUUCGCUCCAUCGAUGUUGCAGCCAAGACCUAUACUGGCAGCGCUUCCAAACUCAAUGGACAGCCGAAGGCCGUUACGGCUGGCAACUCGACCGUCCUUGUUGGCGAAGCUGAAACCGUUGAGAUUUUCCAGGAUGGCAAGAAGACCGGGGAGUUCAAGACCGACUUUACGGCCACAACCAUCGCCGCACAUGGUUCCCAGGCAGCCAUUGGAGGUGAGAAUGGAUCUGUUCAGAUCUGUGUCAUUACCAGCUCUCGACUUUCUCCUCGGGCUGAUAUCAACGCCUCUCGCAACCCAAUCUCCUCCCUUGCCUUCUCUCCAGACGCAUCCCACCUGGCUGUGGGUGACUUGCGAGGACGUGUUCUGGUCUACAAGGUUGCAGAUGGCAGUUUGGUGACGGACCGCUGGACGGCACACACAGCACGAAUCACAUCGGUUGCUUGGAACGAGGCUGGAACACACGUUGUCAGCGGUUCCCUAGAUACAAACAUUUUCGUUUGGAGCUUGGCUAAGCCCGGCGAUUGGAUUGAGCUGCAGAACGCCCACAAGGAGGGUGUCCAUGGUGUCGGAUGGGUUGCAGGAGGCUCCAAGAUCGUCUCAGCUGGUGCUGAUGCAGCUGUGAAGGUGUGGAAAGUCGAAGGUCUGAAAUAA